AUGACCAGCCGCCGAGGUGUCCUGGCGCUCACCACGCUCUUCCGGCUGCCGCAUGAGGGCAUGCAAGCAUUCGAGGUGCUCAGCCGAGGAUCUGCCAUGUUGGUGCAUCGCACUGGGGCCAAGCGCAACCCCACACACGUCCACGUCCUCACUUGCGCACACGUUGCGUGUCCGUGGCGAUAUUCUUCAUACUAUCCGCACGACUGGCUUGAACACGUCGACGAAAACUUCGUGAAGCAUACGUUGGCACUGCGAGAGGUCGGGUCAGGCGCGACCAAGUGGGAAGUGGACCUUUUGCCUCAUACACUCGUGCAUCCCACCCGAGAUCUCGCUCUCCUGGAGCUUCAGUCGUCGAUUCUCACGAACGACGAUUCUGUGGACCCAUUCGACCUCGACACAGCGUUCGCCGUCGCCGAGAACGAGCCGCUGGAAUUUCAUGGACACAUUCAACUCAACGAAACGGCGCCCAUCUUGCCCGAAUCCGUUGCAGGUGCUUACUUUUGGCUCAACCCGACCACGAAACAAGCGUUUGCAUCGAGCGAAAAAGUGCUGGCCCAGGGCAUGUGCGGCGGGGCUGCCUUCACGAAGCAGGGACGAAAAGUCGUGGGGCUCAUCGAAGGCAUUGUUCCCGUGGUGGAGAACGCGUCGCCCGCGUACAAAACUCUCGAAAAUCACGUCGCUGUCAUUCCUCGAGACGACCUGGCAGACUUUGUAGUCAACUUCGAGGCUGGAAGAGCCACGUCGGAUCUGCUCUUCACGGGCACUGCAUUGUACGACUAA